UAUAGAGAGAGAGAGGAGAGAGAAGGACGCGUAUAGAUUCGAGAAGAAGAAGAGAAGAAAGAAAAAUCGCCGAUUGAAUCAAUCGAUCAAUUGAAUCAAAGAUGUUUGGAUUCGAGAGGGUGAACGCGAAGGAAGAAGACAUUGAUCUGGAGUCAGGAACGCUUUAUCCUGGACUCAGCUAUGGAGAGAAUCAGUUGCGAUGGGGAUUCAUCCAAAAGGUUUACGGAAUCCUUGCGGCGCAAUUCAUUCUCACCACCAUCGUCUCUUCCAUCACCGUUCUAUACUCUCCCGUCAACGAGCUUCUCAGGGAAAAUUCUGGUGUUUUGGUCUUCUUCGCCAUUCUUCCCUUGAUCUUGCUAUGGCCAAUGUAUGUCUACCAGCAAAAGCACCCGAUAAACUUGGUUAUCCUCGGAGGCUUCACCUUGUCCUUGAGUCUCACUGUCGGCAUGAGCUGUGCAAACACAGAAGGAAGGAUUGUGCUCGAAGCUUUGAUUUUAACAUCAGCUGUGGUUUUCUCAUUAACUGGAUACACUUUCUGGGCUGCCAAGAAAGGAAAGGACUUUAGCUAUAUGGGACCAAUCUUGUUCACCAGCCUUUUUGUUCUUGUCUUGACUGGAUUCAUUCAGAUGUUCUUCCCUCUUGGAUCUACAUCGACUGCUAUAUAUGGUGCAAUUAGUGCUAUAAUCUUCUCAGGUUAUAUCGUGUAUGAUACUGACAACUUGAUCAAGCGGUUCACAUACGAUGAGUACAUAUGGGCGUCGGUUACGCUCUAUCUUGAUAUCCUGAACCUGUUCCUUGCCAUCUUAAGGGUUCUAAGACAGGGUGACAACUAAGCUAACUAUUGAGUGCCCUUGUCUAAUCAAAAUUGAGAUAAUGAAUUGCAAUAUGUUUUUUCUUAUUACUUGAUAUGUUAAUAUGGAGGGCCUUUUACUAAAGGUUUCCUAAGAUGUUCUAUUUUGAGGCAUUAUGACAAUAUAUAUUACUGGAUAAGAUGUUGCUAUAUUCAAUUGAUGAUGUUUGUAUACCAUAUUAUUGCCAUCCAUAUUGGUGUAUGAAAUUCAAUUUUCAAUUUUUAUUGA